GUGGCGGAGUGACCCUUUUUAUUGCCUUGUAUGAUUAUGAAGCCAGAACAGAAGACGAUCUGACAUUCGUCAAAGGAGAGAAAUUCCAUAUCAUCAACAACACAGAGGGUGACUGGUGGGAGGCACGCUCCCUGACCACGGGAACCACCGGCUACAUCCCCAGCAAUUACGUGGCUCCUGUGGACUCGAUCCAAGCAGAAGAGUGGUACUUUGGGAAGAUUGGCCGGAAGGAUGCUGAGAGGCAGCUGCUGUGCCAUGGCAACCCCCGGGGGACCUUUCUCAUUCGCGAGAGCGAAACCACCAAAGGUGCCUACUCAUUAUCUAUCCGGGAUUGGGACGAGAUGAAGGGAGACCACAUCAAGCAUUACAAGAUCCGGAAGCUGGACAGCGGUGGCUAUUACAUCACCACCCGGACACAGUUUGAGACUGUGCAACAUCUGGUGCAGCAUUACAGAGGUAAAGAGUGAUGGAUUCAAGAGAGGGGCAGGUGUUAAGAUUGGUAUGGGAUAGAUCAACAUGUCAGCCUCUUAAGGUUGUCCAGAUUAGGAGGCAGACUCCACAAAAGGACUAUAGAACUAAGCUUUAUUGACACAGGCAAUAAUAAAAGAUCCUUGCAAGUCU